UGUGCAUACCGUGCUCCUCUGGGUACAUACACUUUCAUUCAAAAAAAAAAAAACAAAAAAUAAUCUAAAGAAAAAUAUUCAAUCAAAAGUAAAUAUAUAAAAUUUGACGCAGAAAAUCGGGAAAAAAAAUUUUUUUUUUCAACGGAGAAAAAAUUAAAAGGAAAUUUUGUAAGCGGACGAUAACACUCAAUAAAAAAAAAUCCCCAAGAAAAUCCUGGCUUCUUGCAGAACGAAAUUGAGGAAAACCGUAAAAAGCUUUGCUGCAACAUUUUUAAUAGAAAAUCGCUUGUUAUAACAGUGUUUGUGUGUGAAAUCUAUUGAGUAAUUAUUAUUGUUGCGUAUUUAUAUAAAAUUUCAUAUACGGGUCGCGCUGUGUACAGCUUCAUACAAAAAUUAAAAUUAAAGAAGAAGAGAAAAAUAUUAUUUUUUGAAAAUAUUAAAGAAAAAAUCUAUGCAAACACACACAACUUGACGAGUAGGCAGUGGAAAAAGCAUCAAAGUUUCAAUCAUUUAUACCGAAAAAAGUAUCAGGAGGCAAUUUAAAUCGAUUUUAAAAAGCAACAAAACACGAAAAACAAGAGAGAAAAUUCGUGCGCUAUAAAUAAUUUCUCGUAAUACACACACGUAUAUAUAUAUUUUAUUUUGUUAAAACCCCGUGAAAAUUGUCAAGCAAAUCGUGAAAAAAUGAGUAUUGCUGCCUUACUAGAAGCCGCGGAAUAUCUGGAUCGGCGCGAAAGAGAACAAGACCAUGGAUACGCAUCGAGUUUACCAAUGCCGAACACCAAAACGGGUAGAUACAGAACGACAAUGGCAAAGAAAAGUCAAGGAAAUAGAAGUACGCACAACGAGCUGGAAAAAAAUAGACGCGCCCAUCUGAGGAUAUGCUUAGAAAGACUAAAAGACAUGGUCCCACUCGGCAGUGAUACGUCGAGGCAUACCACGUUAGGGCUUUUAACGAAAGCAAAGCGAUUUAUCAAGAAUCUGGAAGAACGGGACAGAAAAUGUAUAGCACAACGUGAUCAAUUAUCCAGAAAACACAAAAAUCUGAGACGCCGUCUAGAACAAUUAAGUAAUAGUUAUUUAACAUCAAUGUACAAACGCAGAUCUGUAUCAGAAUGUUCAACAUCCACUAUAUCCAGUACAAAUUCAUCGGUUUCAACGGGUUCACCAUCGUCUAUCAGUGAAUCUGAUGAAGUUGAUGUGGUAGGCUAUGCUAGCAAUCAAUCUGAUGACGAUUUCUCAUCAGUGCAAUCAAUUAGAUCGGCAAGUUCAUCAGAUAGCGGUGUCGCAAUGUCCACUUCUCGUCUGACACUUUCGGAAACUGAAUUUUAUUAGGUUACAUGUGGAAACAAAAGUUACAACACUUACAUCUUAUUUACCGAUUGGGUAGCAACAAAAAGGAAAAAAAAUAAAUUACAAAACAAAAAAAAAUAUUCACAAAAUAAAAUAUUAUCCAACACAAAAAUUAAACAAUAUAUUAAAAAAAAAUGGAACCACCAACAAAAAAAAAUAAUUAAAAAAAUUAUCAGCAACACAAAUAUUUAUAUG